AUGAGAGCAAGUGACCCCAAGGGCCCCAGCAGGGGGGCCCCCCAGGGUGUACGUACGGCCCACGCCCGCCCCUCCCGAACCCCUCAAAAGGGCCCCAGGGCCAGCUCAACAGCCCCAAGAGAAGCGGCAGCAGCAGCAGCAGCGACAACGCCACACCCUGCAGCAGCAGGAGCCACAACGCCGCGCCCGGCAGCAGCAGCAGCAGGAGCCACUCCGCGCUCAGUAGCAGCAGCAGCAGCAACGCCGCGGCCAGCGACAGCAGCAGCAACGCCACGACCAGCUUCUGCGGCAGCAUCAGCAGCAACGCCCAGACCAGCAGCAACAGCAGCAGCAACGGCACGUACAGCAGCAGCAGCAGGAGCCACAAAGGCACAAACAGAAGCAGCAGCGCUGAGGCCGGCAGCAGCACCGGGACGAGCAGCAGUAGCAGCGGCAGCAACACCUGCACCACCAGCAGCAGAAACGGCAGGAACACCAGCACCCCCAGAAGCAGCAGCAGCAGCAGCACCAGUGGCAGCAACGCCAGCACCUCCAGCAGCAGUAGCAGCAGCAGCAGAAGCAGCAGCAACGGGGGACCUAGAAGAAUCAGAAAAAGAAAAUGGAUUUAAAGUGGCUGUUAGAAUUCGGCCUUUAAAUGAAAAAGAGAAGAAAGAGGGAGGGGCCCUUUGCUGCUCCUAUGACGGCAAGGGCGGCGGGGUGGGUAUCUGUGAGUGGGUUUUUGGUUUUGCUGCAGCAAAACGGCCGCAGCAAAUUUACGCUAAGGGCCUCAAGGGAGGGGCCCCCCAUUGCCUUGCAGCAGAUCCGGGGGGCCCCCAUGUUUCUGUGUCUUCUGGAGAUGGAAUUCUUCGCUUAUUAGAUCUGAGACAAAACAAGAAAGUCCUGUUUGCUGCAGAGGUGCAGGCGGGUCCAGCCACAGCUAUCUGCACUGUACCGCAGCCCUAUGAGGGGCCCCCGCCCCUCCCCACUGUGGCCCUGGCGGGGCCCCAGGGGCCCCCCUGCAUGCACAACUACAGCACUUGGGGGCCCCUCAGGGGCCCCCCUUGUUCUUCUUUAGCAGCCCUGCCUCGCGCCUGCAUGCGCAUGCACACCAAAGACCCCCCAGGCUUUGAAGGGGGCCCCCUCGUGGGGGGCCCCCAAGCGCCUGGGGAGCCCCCCGGGGACCCCCCUGGGGACCCCCGGGCCUCGGGGGGCCCCCAGGGAAAAACCCUUGUAGGCAGCGGCAGCUUCUUGGCGGGGCUCUGCAGCGAAGGAGAGGGGGCCCCCGUUGUGUGGGACUUGCAGCAAGAGCUGGGAUGGGGGGCCCCCCAAGCUGCUGCUGCUGACUGCAGAAGCAGCAGCAGCAGCAGCACAGCUGCUGCUGAGGAUGCUGUUGCUGCUGCCGCACCACAAGGCCCAAAGGGUACAGAAGGGGCAGGGGCCCCCUUAACAGCACUUGCUGCUUGGGGCCCCCGGGGCUGCUUUGUGUCUGGGGACCAAUUCAUGCGUCUAGCUGCUGUUGCUGCUGCUGCCGCAGAUUCAUGCGUCGCUGCUGUUACCGUUGUCCAACUGCAGCUCAUACUGCAGCAACUGCAGCAGCAGCAGCAGCAGCAGCGAGAGUAG